UAUGUAACGUCAUAGGUGAAAUCGUUCCUAACCUGCAUAUGUUAACCUGUCAAAAUUGUUUAAACUGUAAUUUCCAUUAGAUAAGGAACCGAUUCACCGUAUAUUUAAAAGAAAAACUAUCGAAAAUGAAAUUCCGAUUUCUAGGCGAUGGAGAUUGCCCCGAUUGGCUCCUGGCAGAAAUCAACACUUUGUCCCGCAUGACGUCUAUAAAAAUCAAAAUAUUGGGUCAAACGGUUGCAAAAUAUCUCACGGAAGGAGAACUUGACGAAGAAAAAAUAAAAAAAAUUACCCAAGACGCUAAAGUUGAAUUGGACGAUGCAAAGGCUAUGGUGGCGGCUCUUGAAUUAAUUUUCUCGUCAUCUGCUCGAUAUGGGGUUUCCGCCGCCGAUUUAAGCAGCGAACUACAACAGCUCGGUCUGCCACGAGAACAUAGUGCAGCGAUCGCUAGAUUGCACACAGAUUAUUGCCCUCAAAUCACAGUUGCUCUGUCCUCGCAAUCUUUGAGGGUCAGCCGAUUAUCAUCGAUCGAAGUAUUGAGUUGCGACGGCUUGUCGCCAUUUUCUACGGUGUCUCUCAAGGUAAAGAAAUUAGACGGCAUCGGGGAAAAUUCUACUAUCAAUAUCUCCAAGGAUGAUGUUCAAGUUCUUUUAACAGAAUUACGGAAAGCCAAGUCAUUGAUGGAGAAUCUAUAAGUACCUUAUAUCCAUUAUACACUUCUGUUUAUCAAAUAAAACAAUAACACAG